UUAACUGCAUUGAUUAAUUAGAGAAGUAUUGUUUAGUGAAGUAAGAAUUGAAUGUCCAUAUACAACAAUUUGGACAACUUUUACUUUGGGUUUAUAUGGCCUGUGGGGCUUACUCUUGUUUCCUACUGCCUGUGUGGCUUUUGGUUUCUCCUACCUGUGUGGCUUACUUUAACUGUCUACUGCCUGUGUGGCUUAUUUUUGGUUUAUCCAGCCAGUGUGCCUAACUGUUGCGAUAGUAAUUAUUACUUUUAAUUUUUAACGUUUGCAAAACUUCUCUUGCCCCUGAAAAUGGAUGGAAAAAGGUAAUUUGCCUAGCAAUAGGUGGCUAUCAAACAAUCACGUGACCAGGGACUCGAUUCUGUUGAUUGCUGCACCUGCAAGCUAGCUAGCCAGUUAUAACCCGCUAAAAGGUGCUAACCAUGAAUAGAGGAUGUAAAAAGCACUUGAAAUAGUAAGUAUUGUCGUUUUCCUGGUAUGUAGCCCACCAUUUUUCAUUUAAAAACGAAAAUGACACUGGUCUGUGCACACUGCUCGAAUGACUUUUUAGUGGUGACAAAGCAACAUUCCCUCCGAGGGGGGCGCAGUGUCAGGCGGUGUCAGGAGCGUCCUGCUGCAUUCUGAGGUCGAUAAGAGGCUGCUGUUGGAGUCCAUACGUCUCUGGGGGAAAAAUGACCAUCAUGCGCAAUCUAGUGGUCCUGUUUGUGUUAUUGGGUAUUUGUGGAGCCCACAAAUGGAAAAGGAAUUUUAAAUGUCCUUCAGGAUGCUCGUGCACCAAAGAGACCAUCAUGUGUGUUGGCACCUCGCACGUCCCGAGAACCAUACCAAGUGACGUCACCUCACUGAGCAUCGUAAACGGCUCCAUUGCAGAAAUCACAGAGGGGAUGUUUUCACUCAUGCCUUCCCUGCAGCUACUGCUUUUCAAUGCAAACUCUUUGACUACGAUAAAAGACGAUGCAUUCUACGGCCUCCCACAUCUGGAGUAUUUGUUCAUUGAAGGGAACAAGAUUGAAAGCAUCAGCAAAAAUGCCUUUCGCAGUCUACGAGAUCUAACUCAUCUGUCUCUUUCCAAUAACAAGAUGAGGUUCCUACCAAGAGAUCUAUUUUUUGAUUUGGAUUCAUUGCUGGAACUAGACCUGCGGGGCAACUACUUCCAGUGUAGCUGUGAGAACAAGUGGCUGAUGACGUGGCUAAGAAACACCAAUGCCACCGUGUCGGACAUUUACUGUGCAGGCCCUGCUGACAUGAAGAGCAAGCGACUCAAUGACCUACCUAUUGCACCUGGCCAGUGCAUGUCUACAGACUUUGUGCGUCACCAGUCCAUUCCCAUCCAGUCUAUGUCAGCAGACAUCUUCUUCUUUAAAGAAGACAUCUAUGUGGCCAUGGCUGCACCCAACUCUAACAGCUGUGUGGUCAUGGAAUGGGAUCACAUCGAAAUGAAUUUCAGAAAAUUUGACAACAUAACAGGUAAGUCUGUCGUCGGGUGUACAUCGGUUCUGGUGGACGACCAUGUCCUGAUCAUUGUCACGCAGCUCUUCGGGGGCUCUCACGUCUACAAGUUUGACGAUCAGCAGAACAAGUUCACAAAGUUCCAGUCCAUUGAGGUCUUCAACAUCUCCAAGCCGAAUGACAUUGAGGUGUUCCACAUGGACGGCGAGUGGUAUUUUGUCAUAGUGGACAGUUCCAAAGCGGGCCUAUCUACUCUUUACAAGUGGACCGACCAACCGGACCGCAACCAAACGGGCUUCUACACCUAUCAGUUCCUCCACGAAUGGUUCCGCGAUACGGAUGCCGAGUUUGUCGAAUUGGAAGGCAAGUCCUACCUCAUCUUAGCCAGCCGCUCUCAGCCACCUGUCCUCUACCUGUGGAACAAGAGCACGCUCAAGUUCAUGCUCCAUGGUGAAAUUCCGAACAUUGAAGACGUGGUGGCUGUCAAAGCUUUCCGUCUAGAAGGUGACAUGUAUCUGGCCAUGACCUGCUACAUCGGUGACUCUAAAGUUCUUAAAUGGACCACUAAGCAGUUCACAGAGCUGCAGGCUCUACCCUCUCGAGGGGCGAUGGUCCUCCAACCUUUUUCCUUCACGGACAGACACUAUCUGGCUCUGGGCAGCGACUACUCCUUCACACAAAUCUACCUCUGGGAUGCCGAGACCAAAACUUUCCACAAGUUUAAGGAUAUCUACGUGCAGUCUCCGCGCUCGUUUACUGCCGUCACCACUGACCGCAGAAAUUUCAUAUUCUCCUCCAGCUUUAAGGGCAAAUCCAUGGUGUUUGAACAUGUUAUAGUAGAUUUAAGCUUAUAAGGCAAGUGUGGAGGGGUGUCACAAGAUCUCGCGAUAUUCAAACAUGACAGAAUUUCUCGUUCUGAAAAAAACAGUUUUGCGAUAAUAAAUUUAUUAAUCACAUGAUAAAUGAAAAUUAACUCGAUAAUUUAUCUGGCCUCCAUUUAUUGCCAUGUGCAUGCGUGUCUAUUUUCCUCGUCUCUCGCCUUCAAACAUGCAUUGUUUGUCUCAGUGGGGGAGGGGGCCGCUAGCAUACACACUCAACAAAAAAGUGGAGCUUCCUGAGGAGCAAUGAGGUAAGGUAGUAGAAGUUAGUAGUGUGGAAAUAUUAAUAAUUAGCAAGGCGAGCCCAUCAACACGAACAAGCCACUAUGCCAAAUUUAUUCGAAAGUGGUAGCAACAAAACGAACUUGCCCAAAUAUAACUACCCAACCCAGUUUUGUCACCUGGGAAAAAAAAUACACAUCGAAAUGCACAGUCUUCGUCCCGACAGUCAACACUUAAUGAGACGUUUGGUUGGCAAAGUAAAUACAGUACAAGCAGGACAGCACAAAAAUGUGUGCGUUCACAGAAGGUCAUCGGGAAAGAAAUGCUGCUCUUUUUAUACAGAAGCCAGGAUUUCAACAAAUGCUACAAACAUUAGACAAUACGAAUUGCUUGUGAGAAAAUGCAUGUCACAAACACCAAUUCCACAACUUUACAGAGUGAACAAUGACAUAUUAAAGCAAAUAAUGCAUUAUCUGAUGUAUUAUAGGCCGCACAGUGACUGAGUGGUUAGCACACUCACACAGGCCACACAGUCAGAUCGGGAAGACCUGGGUUUGAAUCUCCGAUGGGCAUUUCUGUGUGGAGUUUGCAUGUUCUCCCCGUGCGUGCGUGCGUUUUCUCCAGAUACUCCGGUUUCUUCUUACAUUCCAAAAACAUGCAUUUGAGGUGAAUUGGCGAAUGAAUGUGAGUGUGAAUGAUUAUUUGUCUGUAUGUGCCCUGCGAUUGGCCGGCAACCAGUCCAGGGUGUACCUCGCCUCUCACCCGAAGUCAGCUGGGAUAGGCUCCAGCAUACCCCCAUAACCCUAAUGAGGAUAAGCGGCAUAGAAAAUGGAUGGAUGGAUGAUGUAUUAUAUAUAAUCAUGACAGUGAUUUAUUUGGCCUCAAAAAAUGUUGACUGUAAUGUAAUUUAGCAUCAAUUUGUAAGGCAAUAAACAUUUCAAAACACACCUGCAUUGUUUUGUGAUGCGGUUAAAUAAACAAGUUUGUUUUUCCAGUCAUAUUUUUUAAUUGUACUUUUCAUAAAAUUAAUUAAUAUGAUUAUAUCAUUUAGUAUCAUUCAUGUGCAUCGUCUCGUUUUGUUAAUUAGGUGUCUCGUGACGCCCCUGCAAGUGUGUCAUUGCUGUUCAGUACUUCAUUAGUGUCUUUAUACAAGUAAAUAUCCCCCAAUAUGAGACAAACUGUGGCUGUAAAUGGAACUUCUAAUAGCUUCGAAUGACCUGGUUGGCUCCUUGCAUGGCAGCCUCCAACGUCAAUGUACUGUAUACACGUCAAUGCUUAUUGUACAGUAAUAUUUAAUGUCCGCUUUUACUGUAUUAUGCAAAAGCAAUGGAGUGUAGGCUGUGUCGUUUGCUCUUCUAUGGACUCAUUCCGUUGUAUUUGGUGACACAACAGCAGAAUGUGAUGAGCCUCCUGUCAACAUGCACAACAUUUACUGACCUAUGCAAAAUGCAGAAUGCAUGUCUGUGCUGCUAUUGAAAUGCAAAUUGCAUAUUUUUGGAUUACAGAUCAUUUGGUGCAAGUUUAACACCAACCUUUUUACUUGACUUGAAAGCUGUGGUAAUUGUGGUCUUCAGUGAUGAUCUGUAUCUGUUAAAUGUAUUAGUCAUGGUAACAAUGUGCAAUUAUUUAUUGUAAAUGUAAACGAAAGUCUGUGUAUUAAAUAAAUCUAUAACUUGA